UAUGUUGAGUUUGUGAACUAGGCUUUACCUGUGUUGUGAUAACAGAAAAUUUGAGAUUUAUUAAAACAAUACCUACAAACAAAGUUUGUACUUACUUGGAAUGUUUUUUGUGUCAAUUGAAAGCAAGUAGAUAAAGUGAUAAUGAUUACCAGAGGCAUUACCAGUCAAAUUAGAUCUGAAGUUAAGAAACGAUUCAUUUAUUUGUCACUAGCCAGGCAACUAUCAAACACCGCGAAUGUAAACAACAACCAAACCCAUGUGGACUAUAGCUAUAAACCAAUCAGAAGCGUAUUGGUAGCCAACAGAGGUGAAAUCGCCAUUCGUGUAUUUAGAACAUGUACACAAUUGGGAAUCAAAUCAGUAGCCAUUUAUUCGGAACAAGACAAGAUGAAGCGCAUGCAUCAUAAAUAUGCCGAUGUAUCUUAUCUAGUUGGAAAAGGUUUACAUCCAGUCGAAGCUUAUUUAAAUAUUCCAGAAAUCAUUCGCAUUGCCAAAGAGAAAAACGUUGAUGCCAUUCAUCCUGGUUAUGGAUUCUUGUCAGAAAGACCGAAUUUUGCUCAAGCAGUCAUCGAUGCUGGUAUCCGGUUCAUUGGUCCUUUUCCUCAUGUUAUGCAACAAAUGGGUGACAAAGUAGCCGCCAAAAAAGCAGCAAUCGAUGCUGGUUUGCCUAUAGUACCUGGCACCCCUGGACCAAUCACCACGACUGAGGAAGCUAUGGAGUUCUGUCUUAGACACGGUCUGCCCGUUAUUUUCAAACCUGUCUACGGACAUGAUGGAAUAGGAAUGAGAGUUGUCCGCAAAAUGGAGGAUUUAAAAGAAAACUUCGAACGAGCCAGUUCAGAGGCCAAAGCUGCUUUCGGAAAUGGCUCAGUGCUUAUUGAAAAAUUCGUCGAAAUGCCAAGGCACAUCCAAGUCCAGUUGUUGGGUGACCAAGCCGGUAAUGUUGUUCAUCUUUAUGAAAGAGAUUGCUCUGUUCAGCGUAGACAUAAAAAAGUUAUCGCAAUUGCCCCAGCACCUCAACUAGACCCACAGGUCAGAGAUCAAAUGACUGAAAGUGCUGUGAAAUUGGCCAAACAUGUUGGUUACUCGAAUGCCGGAACUGUUGAAUUCUUGUGUGAUAAAAAAGACAAUUUUUAUUUCAUUGAAGUAAACCCUCUCUUGCCAGCAGAGCAUACUGUUACGGAAGAAAUCACCGGUAUCGAUUUAGUUGAAUCUCAAAUAAGAGUAGCCGAAGGAGUCACGUUACCCGAAUUGGGCUUCACCCAGAAAAACAUUCAAACCCGAGGAUAUGCCAUCCAAUGCCGUAUCACCACCGAAGACCCUGCUAAUAAUUUUUUACCAGAUACUGGAACAAUCGAAGAAUUCAGAAAAGGAAAAGGUAUUGACAUCCGUCUAGAUGGAGCUUCAGAUUUCGCUGGUGCCAUAAUUUACCGUUAUUACGACUCGUUGUUGGUAAAAGUAACCGCCCGCAAUGCUGAUUUUCCAGCCAGCUGUUCAAGGAUGAUUAGAGCUUUAAAAGAAUUCCGUACUCGCGGUUUCAAGACAAACAUUGAAUUCCUUUCAGAAAUAUUGAAAUGCGACCGAUUUAAAUGUGCUGCUAUGGACACACAGUUCUUUGAUGAUAAUCCCAAUUGGUUCUCCAAUCAACUUUCAAUUAAUAUGGCCCAUGAUCUAAUCAACGGACCUUCAAUGUCAUUGGCAAGCAGCCUGAAACCCACCUAUGUCAGUCCAGCCGAGCCAGAAAUUUCUAUAGGGCACAACGACCCUGAAUCUGAUCUAACAAUAGAGGAGCUUAAAGAAAUGAUUCUAGAAUUGCUAGAAGGCAUCCAAGAAAAUGAGGCGAUCCAGAUCCACCAAAUGAAACCAGAUAAGGCCCUGGACUUGGCGCAGUGGGCAAUGGGAGUCAACAGAGGGUAUUGAGGCCUAAGGAAAUUUGGGUUGACUUCCCUGCACUAGAGCGCGCUGUUCAACUGCGUAAUAAAUUAAAACUUUAACAAUAUUUAGGUUUUUUCUCAUUUUAACAAGAUGUAGGUAGGUAUUACUUAUUAUUUUUAAAUUUCUAGAUGGUUUUUAUUUUUAAUAGAUUUUUCUCCUGUUUCAAUUGAUUUUUAGAUCUUUGGUAUUGUUAAUUUUUUCCAAUAAAAUAAUUUUUUCAUGAUUUCA